GCGUGGCUAAAAUUAUAUGGAACACCCUGUAUAGGUCCAUAGGUAGAUAGCGCACGUAAGACCAUGCACACAUGAAUAUGCAAAACGACGCACGAGCUACUAUCAUCUGCAUGCGUCGAUAAGCAUGGUGUAAGUGCGACACUCCUGAAAAAUAAAAAAAAGACGUUGUUGAAAGUAUAUCGCGCUGUCUGUCGUUUCGUGUCGAGCGCUUUAUGUACCGAUAUAGGUCACCAUGGUCUACCAACAAGUCUAUCUUGCCACACUGGUUAUGUAGGUUUGUGCAGUACCGGUGCCGGGUUGUACCAGCUCAUCACGUGAACACGGAGUGGCGAUUACUUGGUAGUGAAGUCACAGAUAGGAAGGCGAGUCUCAUACAGGUAUACGGCGGGCAAUCGUCGCGCUCGAUACAAUUCCUACCUUUCGAUCACUGUCCUCCAGACGGGCGCCGAUGCUGACGCAUUGCAGUCGUUGAAGUGGAGAACGAGGACCUGCGCGUUCUUUUUUUUUAAAGAUUUGACCAGUCUAGUUAAUUAAACAACAAAAGACAAAGCAUGUACAGCAGUAUACAUGCGAAACCGCCAUGACUUGUCACCCUUUCUUUUUUUCCAAGAAAGAAGACGGUAUACGAUGACAGAUGUGACGCAAAGAACCACCGUUUCCCACACCCCGGCCAACUGCUCAACAAACAGGCCUGUCCGCGUGCUUGCCACGGAAAACCACGCGGAGCGCAAGGAAGAUAUAAUCUGUUGCGGGUCUUGCACCCCGACAUUCUAAUCUUGUUCAUUAAAACGGAGAAAUCGCCGCUUGCCGCUUCGCUAUUUCGAGAACGCUCCCCCUGCUGCUCAAGUGCAUUGUGUAAACCCGCAGGGUGGCCGCGGCGGCGCCCAAAUGUUGUUCCAACUCCACCCUUCUAUACCAGUAGGUAGGCACCUUCCUCCCACCUCCUCGCCUGGGUAACACUGCGGAUCACGGCGAAAAACACACACACACACUCACUCACACAUACUUCUAGCCGCGCCGAAAACUAACGAACGGCACAAAGAAAGAAAGAAAGAAAGAAAGAAAGAAAGAAAGAAAGAGUGAAAUAAGUUGACGCCCGGGAAUUUCUUCUACCCCUUCGAAACCCACCUUACAAAAAAAAAAAAAGAGGAAACAAACAAAUGCAAAAGCUCGCAGAGGCAACGAAAAGGAGAGAGAGGGAGAGAGAGAGAGAGCUAGAGAAAGAAGGGGGGGAAAACUGGAGCGCGGCAUUGCGAGGCGACAGCAGCAAAAGCAAGUCUUUCGCGAGGCCGGAGGCCGAGCCUCUCCGGCGUCGACGCGCGGAUAGACGCUCGCGCGAGAAGAGCAGCCACUGAGCCGCACCCGUCACUGAGCCAUGCCACAUCCCCUCCUCCCCAUCCUCCUCCUCCUCAGAAACGCACAAAGGAGAGGCGAACGCACACCGACGGCGGUUUGGCCUCGAUUUCCCUGAACAGCAAGCGCGGCUCACAACAGCGCCGCGAGGGUUCGUCGUCGCAGCUCGCGCCCGCCGCUGUGGCCGCGGGUGAACCCAAAAUAGUGGGCCUCAACGAUCCCGGUCGCCGACAAGGCGGUGGCGCAGCUCGUGCUGCCCUAGACUGGGAGCGCGCGCCGGUGCCCACCAGCGUUAACCGUCGCCCGCCCCGGCGAGCCUGACGAUACGGCAGCUCGGCGACAGGAACGGGCCGUUCCUUUCCUCCUGCUCCUGGCUGUCUGUCGGUGUCGCACGUCUGUGCGUCCACGAAGGUGAAACCUAGUUGCCGAUGGACCCGGAUUAGACGGCGUUGCGCCACCAUGUUUUGACGUCGUGCACCGCCGGCGAUGCCGCUGGGUUCUUCAAGCGGGCUUUUCGAGAUUGUCGGUGGCGAAACGUAAGCGAGAACCGGGAAAGCGGCGCAGUUUCGCAGUGCGAACCGUUUCGACGGGCGUGGUCGAGGAGAACCACGUGUUCUCGGGCGCCGGUACCGCGGUUCGGUAGCUCCGAGGAAUGCGCGCGUCUUCGACAUUUUGCAGCAUCGUUUCGAUACGUCGCUGGCGUGUGUGCGCGGCUCUGUGACCGGGACAGAGUUUGGUCCCGCACCGAGUGUCGACGGACGGCUGUGAUGAUCCCACCACGUGGCAACACCACGACGCCGGCGCCUCUGGCGACCAGACGGUUGUCAUCUGCUGGCAUUACCACGAUACUUGCUUGGUUUUUGUAGCGAUUGAUGUGUUACGUGCGACGUGUUCUGCGUGAAGGCGAAGAGCCGGUCGGUUGACGACCUCUUCCCCGAAGCCAGCGGACGUCCACUGCCUCGUCCAGCUUCAUCGUCGGCGCCAUCGUUCGGCAAAAAAAGCUACGGCAAUCGAGACGAUCCGGAAAUGUGGCUGGCGGCGCACCUCGUCCUGGCUGCCGGCCUGACCCAGGCACUGGCCUCCAACUGGCGCAGCAUUCGAGGCGACCGGCUCAACGCCGGCCUCUGUCCGGACUCGGACGACGACCUCUGCUCGAACGGGCGACCCGACAGCACGCGGCUGGCUUGCAAGUGCGACUACGCGUGCGCCAAGUUCGGCGACUGCUGCGUGGACGCCCCGCGAAGUCCGAGCCGCGAGCCCACGCACGCCUGGCAGUGCCACCCGAGCGGUUUCUUCUCCCUCAGGGCGUGUCCCGCCCGCUGGCCCACCGACGACGCCGUGCGGCGACUGUGCGAGGGAUGGGAGGACAGGGGCGGCCCCGAGAACGGCGACGACGACGGCGCGGACGUUCCUCCCGUCAAGCACUACCUGGAGGACGUGCCGGCCUUCUCGAGCGACUCGGAGCGCAUGUACUGGAACGUAUUCUGCGCCGCCUGCCACGGCGACGCCGUCCGGCUGGCCACGUGGCCCGCGAGCUUGGACUGCGACAGCGCUCCUCUCGGAGGUCGCGGUCCCGGUCCCGUGGUCAUCUUCGACGAGCGGUCUCUGCGGCAGCUCGUGGCCGUCGGCAACCUGAGCUACGUGGGCGACAACCGGUUCCUGGUGACCGAUCGCAACGAGAAGCACCGCUGCAUGCUGAGGGUGCAGAGGUCCAGCUGGAAGCACUUCUCGCAGGCGCACCUGCUGCGGUCCUGCGCGUCGGGCGCCGAGGCGGCUCCGCGCUGCCGCAACGGCAGCGCCGAACUUGUGUCCCGGUGCGGAGCCUACACGGCGUACGUGCACGACCGGGUGUCGCGGAGGAACUACCGCAACUACCACUGCGCGCUGUGCGACGUGACGCUGAAGCAGCGGCUCGCGUGCGGCGCGUACGCCGACGACCUGGAGCCCGAGGGCUCCGUGGUGUCGUACCAGUGGCAGAUCGAGUUCCGCGUCUGGCGGAACCCCGAGGACUCGCCGCUCGAGUGCCCCGACGACCGCCGCAUGCGGGACGACCUGACGGGCGCCUGCCUGCCGGUGGGCUGCGCGCCGGGCCUGGUGGCCGGGCCCGAAGGCAUGUGCGUGCCCGAGGACGUGGCGCAGCCGGACCCGUUCGGCAAGCCGCCGCCCGCCUGCCCCGUCAUCCAGCUGGGGUCCAAGCACGUGGGCCUGCUGCGCAACGGGUCGCUGCUGCUCAACGUGAGCCGAGGGCAGGUGUUCGCCCCCGACCAGUUCCUCCUGGUGGCCGAGGUCAACGACCAGAACCGAACGAUCGGCUGGUACGCACUGGUCUGCGCCUGCCACCGCAUCAGCUUCACGUGGACGCCCGCCCUGCUGUUCGUGGCGAGGCUGGCACUGGGCGUGUCCAUCCUGUGCCUCGCCGUCCUUUUGGUCACCAGGCUGCUCGAACUGCACGUGCGCCGCCACAAGAUGGCCGCCUGCCUCGCGGCGAGCGCCAUCUUGUCGCAGUUCACCCUCCUGCUCGAGCCUCACAUCGAGCCUUUCAGCCGGGGCUGCGCGGCCCUCGCCGUGGCCUGGCACUACUGGAACCUCGCCUGCGUCGCCUGGACCGUGGCGCUGUCCGGCGACGCAUACCGAGCCCUGCACGCGCUGCGUAGCAUGCGUCCGGACGGGCGCUCCAUACGCCAGCUAGGCCUACUUUGCUGGUUCAGUCCGGCGGCCAUAGUCGCCGCGGCGUUGGCCAUCGACAGACUGCAACCGGACUGGCCGCUGAGACCGCUGUACGGCGAGCCACUGUGCUUGCUCAACGAUUCCCUGGGCGCCGCGGUGUUUCUGGGCGUGCCCAUCGCCGCCAUGCUGCUGACAGCGGCCACUCUGCUAAGCCUCGUUGCGCCGAGGCUCUGCGGGGGGCCGCCGCCGCAGACGAAGCCGGCCAAGGUCGAGUUCCGCGCCGACCGCGUCCGCUUCUUCCGGCUCGCGGCGAUCGUGCUGCUCGCGGUGGUAACGUGGUCGUCGCCGCCGCUUGCCGUGGCGUUGCGGAUGCACGAGCUGUGGUACGCGUUCUUCGGCUGCCUCGCCGCCCAGGGCAUGGUGGCGCUCGUGGCGUUCGCCCCGCUCGGCCGCCUGGCGGCCCGGCUGCGCGGCACUCGUUCGGCGGGCGUGCUGGUCGCGAGCACGUCGGUGGGGCACCUGUCCGACUCGCAGCAGGUCCCCCCGCUGGCCACUACUACGAUGCCAGCCGACGCCGGGACGGGGCCGUACCGCAAGCGUCUGCCGUCGCAGGGGGCGGCGGUGGCGGCGGCGGCGCAGCAACACAGUUCGCCCAGCAGGCGCUCGUCGUGCAAGCCUAACCUCGAGCGUCGAUUCAGCAACAAGAGGCCGCUGGUCAUUGAGGACGAGUUGGAGAACAACGGCAAGGCUUGACUUUGGGAGGUGUGAAUGCGCGGUUCAUCGCGGUGGACGCUUAUUCUAGGCCGUGUCGAUCGUGCCGGCGCAAAAACGCGUUCAGUGUGCUAAACGACCGGCGUGUAAUAUACAAAUCUCGCGGAAGAGCUCGCAGGGGACACCGGUAACUGUCCUGACAGGCGGUCCCCGCGUCAUCGUCGAUACCGACGUGUCUUUGUUAGGCCUUGCAUAUCGGUGCAGCCUUAACGAAACAAGAAAAUUCUUGCGCUUUAAGUCGGCAGCAAGCGUUGGAGUGCUUCAGGCGCGCGCUGGAAAGCGUGUGCAGAGAACAGUAUAUUUCAAACUCCUUUGACGUGUUUUUCAAAGCUUUGUCGACGUUAUUUUCACUUCCUAAUGCACUUGAAAAGUGGUUCUACCUAGUCGUACGCACUUCCAACAUAGCUAGGUACAGCGCCUCUAAUUGAGCCUGUCCACGUAGUGGGUACCUCGCGCGUUCUCUAUGAUCAAGAGAGAAAGUUUAAUGGUAUCAGGAGAGGUAGCCUGGCGACAGGCUUGGCAUAAUCAGGUGUAUUGGUGAGAAACGAAAGAAAGGAAGUGAUGAAAAAAAAAAAGAGCCAGUGGUAUUCAUCUCAUGUGCCAAGCAAGUGGAAUAGAAACCUGCUACACCAUGGCCAUAUUCUCAACAUACGUGUAUAAUUUGCAAGAAACUGCGUCGUGAAGGAGUGCCGGCCAGGGGACAGCCUCGCGCGUGCGCUUUGUCUUGCAAUCGGUCGCAAAGGUGGAUUAACAUAGUAUACGCUGGUCAGCCGCCUCAUAUAUGUACAGCAUUUUGUCCGAAGCACUCGAGGUCGGACCGUGUCAGUAAGAAGUAAAAAAUGUUAUUUACUAGCGACGCCUUCUAUAUGCAAUGUUCCUUACACCAAAGGACACGUAAAACGAUUUCGUAAAUGGAGAGACGCUGCGAUCAAGUACGGAUACAUCGAUUCUGAUCGCGAAGGACUAAUAAAAGCAGCGAGGGACCGGCAUGCUACGCAAUGAAAAUGGCAAAUGCAAAGACCCAUGCCUCAAACGUGACGCGGCGACUUAGUCGAGACGUUUCGGCGCAAGCAAAUUUUGCCGUGUUCACAUUCUUCGAGCAUUCGACGUCGAGCUAAACAGCCACCUUCGCCAUUAACAAGUUUGCUCCCCUGCUGCACAGCUAUACGCGGACAUUCUUCGCCUUCGAUCGCCAAGUGUGCGCCUUCGUCAUGCAUAAAUGCCUGGUGUGUGAUAUGGACCAAUGCAAAAUGUGUUACGUAUGUGCUGUUGUGACAGCCAAGAGCAAUCUGCACUUUUUUAUAGUUUCGUUUUCAACUCCUAUUCUCUUAUACUCAUUUUUGGACACUACGAGGUGAAAUUCUCGCUGAAUAUCCCGAAGGUUGUGAACUCGUUCGAGGCGUCGGCAAGCCCCUCGGAAAGCGUUGGUGGUGCUAUAUAGUAUGAUGGUGCCAGAUUCACAGGCCGGCAAAUGUGCCGGCAAGUCGCAGAGCCCGGCGUGACGUAGUAACGCGAAUAGCCGCAAUACGCAUGGUAUGUAGGCACGUGGUGUAGGCUUUGAGAGCCACUGAACAGUUUAGUAUGAUGCAAGUUCACUCUUCUAUAACUUUUCGCUUUCGUUCGGCUGUAGAAUUACUCACUGAACGCCCUUAGCGCUUGUUCGUCCGGAAAUUUGCUCGCGACACCCCUUCCAUAAAGCGCUAAAACCCCUUCCAUACACGUUUUCGCCGACCAUGGUAAAAGCGGCGGUGGCGCGUAGAUGAAGGGGUUUUUACCCUUCGCACCUGCCCGCCUGGAAUAUUACUUUUCUGUGACUCCCCUAACGUCGUUGUCCAGAGAAUCACCUUUGACCUCUAGCAACCAUACCUCCGCGUAACUCCUCUUGCGAUUCUUUCGCUGGACAUUUUUUUUUUUCCUACGGCGUUUGCUCGGCAGGAUGAUUCGACUCGGUAGCAGGGAAAAUCACAGUUCACCAAACGACGAAACUGGAUAUACGUACUUAUACCGCCGCAAACUCCGCGAUCUGCCUCUCAUUGCCGGUUUCGAUCCUUUAUAACUCGGGAAAUAUCUGAAAGAAACCUGCCACUUUGAUGUUCGAAUUAAUUUCUUGUUGAUCUACGAUUAUCAGUUCUCGGGUAAUAGUAGCGGUCGAAAUCUGUGACGUCACAGGGAAUCAGAUAGAUAGAUAGAUAAACUUUAUUAAAAGAAUAAUCAGAAGGAUCGCCAAUAUUCAGGGGCCCCGAGUUGAGAAGAUGGCUCUUGUCAUCUUCUCAGCUCUCUGUAUCAGCAAGAGCUGGUCGUCGAGAGCCGAGCUGGACAGCAGUGCCUCCCAUUGCUCCCUCGUGGUGUUCGUGUCGGGGUGUUCUAUGUUGUGUAGUGUGCACUCCCACGUAAUGUGGUAUAGGGUUGGUGCGGCCCCGCACCACGGGCAUUCGUCCCUGUAGACUGUGGGGUGUACGCGAUGUAAUAUGUGUAGGUUCGUGUAAGUGCCUGUCUGGAGCCUACGCCAGGCAGCGGCAUCCUCUGUCUUUAGAUUUCAACGGGGUGGUGGAUAUCUUGUCGAGAUCGCGAUGAAGGCGUCGCCCAGCAGUUCUCUCCCAUUUCAUCUUUGAGCCACAAGGAGCCCUCUAUUCGACAAACGUAUGACUGAGUGCUACAUCUUACGACAGUGAUUUAGUAGUCUUGGCUGCUGGAUCUGUUAUCUCGAUCUAGAUCCACGUGGUUUUAUUUAUAGCAUCCCAUCAACAGAGAUAACAUCGCUGUACAGGAGACCCAGACAGGAAUGCGCGCUACCGACUGCCUCGCCAUCGCGGUGCCUCGGCAGAUCACCAGAUGGGAAACAUUCUUUAAGAGCACGUACGUCACCCCGCCGUUCCACCCCGGCGCGAAAAACUUGGACCACUCCCCAACGAAAGUUUGAAAAGCCAUGGUGGCCGCUUCUGGUGCAGCUAGCACUUUAACGUGCUGGACCCAGGAGGCAUGAGCCUACCAGGAGGCCCGGACUUGGGCUUCAGUUCCUUCGCUACCUAAUAAAUGUUAUUUCUCUCUUUCUCUCUCUGUACCAUAUGCCAUCAUGGCGGAAUGCGUACGUCCGCCUUGUCCAAAACCCGUCUGCUAGCUGUCAGCGCACCGCGUCGCAUCGCAAACCAGACAACGGCGAGGAAAGAGCCCGUAUUCUAUUGCCACAAACCUGCCGGGAAUCUAUACGAGCCGUCACGAAAAAAGCGCGGCGCACACGCAUCGGCCUAGGGAAGGAGGACUGCGAAGUUUCGGGGGGAAAGGGAAAGACGGCUAGUAAACCUGCGAGUGCCCCAAAGUCAAGCAUGCGUGCAACGCACACGCGCGACACGUUUUCUAAAACCGAGAAGAGGCGCGCUCUAAAGAGCGGUUCAGAAAUACACACCCGUUCGUUGUUUUUUUUCCCCCUCCCCCAGCGUCGACGAGUAGGCACCAUGUCAGAAAAUGUGUGCUGGCGGCGGCACCGCCGCCCCCACCAAAAAUAAAGCGAGGGUUUCGGCGAAGCUCGCGAGCGUGUUCAAGCGCAACUCCACGGCCCCCGACGCCAGAAAAAAGUUAUACUCAUCCUGAGAGGUGCACGUACGUCUGUCGCGACGCCGAGUCAGCGCGAAGACGCAGUCAGUCCCCAUGGCGGACCAUGGUGGUGACGUCACGCGCACGAACACAAAACAAGCUCGUGGUGAAGCGUCCUUGCGUUCCGAAGUGGCUUCGGGGUUGUCAAAACGGCGUCUUCGAUGAUGGCCUGGGUGUGCUAUUCUGGAUACUCCCAAUUCUGCCACGUUGGCGUUUUGAGCCAAUCGGAGGGCCCCGUGACCCAAUCGGAGCCGACACGGAGGGACUGAAAGACUAGGAGGGAGCGUCACGUGACAACCCUGAAGCCCUGUGCUCCGUUCCAUACAUAGCAGUCAACGCUGUGGAAGCUACGCAAGGAGUUCGGUCAAGAAAAGUUAUCACUCUGCACGUUCCAUCCAUGCUUCGCUGCGCACCAACAGUGUUCGCUUGCAGGAGCACGCACGUUAGGCUCCUCGCGACGGGUUGCAAAUAAAAAACCCGUAAAGAACAAAAACAAGAAUGAUCUAAAACAACGCAUUAGCAGCCGCAUACCACAGUGUGUUUGUUUCUAAGAGUUAAACCUUGUGUCAUUCAGCACUGAGCCUAUAUAAACAAAAGGUGCGCACAAUUGCAGUAAAAAAAACAUCGGACUAUGUUCAAGUGCGAACGAAGCCACUGCAAGAAGCGUCUCUGGCCUCCACAGCGUUAACUGGUAAGUAUGGAAUGGAGCAUGGAGGACGGAAAAUGACAGGAGGGAGCAUACCGCAACAUGAUUGAAGCCAACUUCGUUGCCCAACACGUGAUCGCGAAAUGCAAAAACACCCAUGUGCUUAGAUUUAAGUGCACGUUAAAGAACCUGUUGCAAAUGGGUCGCAAGCCCCAAGGGUAGCGUUGGCCUGGCGGCCUGGGGCGCAGCUGGAAGCAUCCGAAGGUCCUGGCAAAGGAUGAGUCUACUGCUAACAGAACAACUUGUUUAUUCUAGCAUCGCAAAAGAGCGGCCGGUCAGGUCGACCGAAGUGGAGAAACAGGAGACCACGUUACUCGACUGAAUAAAUCGAAGCUUCUCUCUUGGCGUCCGGGGGCAGCUGCUUUUAUACUCUCGGAGUCGAGGGCAAGAAGGAACGACUCGGAUGAGGCGCACGUGACGGCGGCGCAUGGACACGUUGUGACAAGAAGUGACGUAUCCGCCGUGCCGGCGCCGGUCAGACCUCCUCGCUUCGCCGUUGGGGAGCUCCUCUCCCCGGCUGCCGCGCUUUGACAAGCGUGGGCACCAACAUGCACACACGCACACACGAAGACAUGUGGCAUUGAAACAUGCCUGGACGCGCUUGGCAGGAGGCGUUGUGGCAGCGCUGAACUGGCCAAAAUGUCCGCCGCUUUGAACGAAGCCCCGGCGUCCGUUACAUCCGCGCCGGCUAUACCGCACGUCGGAGGCGAAACGUAACAAACCCCAAGUGGUCGAAAUUUCCGGAGUCCUCUACUACGGCGUGCCUCAUAAUCGGAAAGUGGUUUAGGCACAUAAAACCCCAUAAUUUAAAUUUUUAAUUUAAUUUUAACGCAUGAUUGCACAUCAAAGUUCGCGGCUGGUUUUACUGUUCCCGCUCUGCAGGCAGAACCACGGCUGGGCAGCUGAACCAGCGCGCACCGAACAAAAACUACUAACAUAGCUACUGGAAAGCAAACGUCUCAGCAAAUCUCGAUUCUUCCUCCGUGAUCUCAAAGCAAAAGGUUACAUGUUGGGCCACCACAGUGGCCUCGCGAUGCAGUGCUUGCUCCUAUAUUUUUCCUUCCUCCAUGGAACAGAGUAUAGUCAUAAAAGUUAGCGGAAAGGCUCGUGGAAAAUAUACAGGCGGUAAUUUCUGGCAGAUGAGCGUGCGGAGGUUGUAAUGGGAGGAGAGAGAGUACAGAGGGUGACGAAGGGGGUCACUAAUACCUAACACGAGCCCAGCAGUGCCUUGAAAGGUCCACCAACCAAGAGGGCUUAUUUCCCAAGCGUCAGCGCGCAGAUGGGCCUUUGAAGGAGAGGGGGCGGAUUCAGAGGAGGCUGACUUGCCGAAGUUAGCCGCCUGACGUCAUUCUUACACGGCUGGAAAGGUGCUGAAUUCGUCAUUACGGCAGAAUUUGACAGGGUCCAGAAUAACACCCCCCUGGUUAGAGUAACGAGGUCGUUGAAGUUUCCAGAGGCACACACUGCACGCGAGGUCCUUGUGGCAUUUUCAAGCUGUCUUGCAGGGUUCACAAGAUGUUUUUAGUUAUGGCGGGCGCAUGGGAAAUUGGCAAUGUUCGCCGGCAUGCACGACAGAUUCAUGGCGACGUGUCUUGCUGUUUUUUUAGUUGUACCUCUGUGACGUUGGGCAACUUAGCAGUUGCAUGCCCGUUUGUCUGCCAACAUUCUUCAGCACGGUUCUGUAGUUUGCAAUCUGUGUACUCCGUCCACGCACAAUAUGCAAUGCUCUCGCGACUUUUGGCGCCACCAAACUUCACUCAUUACCUCGUUUCUUUCACCUCUAAUCUUCUGCUUACAUCUCCAUCAGCUGUUUCUUUUUCGUCACCUGCUUACAAGUGUUGCAUUAAACUUUCAGCUUUCGCCGGAUGCCUGGCUAAUAAACGAUUACGAAUGACA